AUGACACAAAAGAGUGUAACUGUUCUUUUGGUGUGUUUUCCAUUGUUUAUAGCGUUGUUCAAGUUUUACAACUCUAGAGCUUCUUUUGAUAUGGUUGAGACUGUGGAUAGUUCUGAGAAAAUAAUGAAAAAGACGCCAGUGUUUGCACUUUCGCAUGGUGGACCAACUUUCAUGUAUGAAGAUGCUGCGAUGGGAGGUGAUAAAGGUGCUUUCCAAUGCACAAGAAGGAUUGGUAAGUAUAUAAGUGAAGUUGUAAAGCCAAAAUUUAUCAUAUAUGUGUCGGCCCAUUGGCAAUCAGGCAGUAAUAACCUCAUAGAAGUUGGCGUACCAACUCUCAACAAGGCUGCAUUGCAAGGUCCGCCGGUUGAGAAUAAUCUAAUAUACGACUUUUAUGGAUUCCCUAAAAACAUGUAUGAUGAGAAAUUUCACUCCAUGAAUGAUAUACCAACAGCCUAUCAACUUGUCAAGGAUCUAAAUUCAUACUUCAGGGCAACGGAUACUUUGUUACAUUCUUCGUUGGCUGAAAGAGGUAUUGACCACGGAGUUUGGGUACCAUUGAAGGUUGCUUUUCCUGACAAAGCAACUGACUUUUGGAACACUGGUAUUCCCGUUAUCCAGGUAUCUUUAACUCAAGACGCCACAGAUUUUGAUAUGCAUUAUAAACUCGGUCAGGCAUUAUCGACAUACCGCUCAGAUGCCGUUGUUAUUGUAUCUGGAAUGACGGUUCAUAAUUUAAGAGAUUUGUCGCUUGCUCCUCCGGGAAAAUCUCUCCCAUAUGUCAAGAAAUUCAAUCAACUUCUUAGAGAAAUUAUGACAGACACUCAUACUGAAAACAACCAUAAGCUCUCAAAACUUAAAGAAUUACUGACAGACCCGCAAAAACGUCAAUUGCUCUACUCUGCGCAUCCUACACUGGAUCAUUUUGUUCCAUUUGUCGUUGGACUAGGUGCUGGAGAAGGAGAAAGCAGUGCAUGCAAUGUUAAAGAACUCUACAAUAAUGAGCAAGGGUCCCUAGGGUGGGGAAUCUAUCAAUAUGAUCAAAAUUGA